GUCGCAGGCCUGACCCUGCCAGCCUCAAAUCUGGAGGUGGAGAGAGGUUUUCAGCUCCCAAAGGCAGCAAGACUGAAGAGCCCAAUUGCAGAAAGGUUUGACCAAGACGGGCGAGAAGACCAGCUACAUCCUGGCGGAUCGGCUUGGGGAGCGUGAUCCCCGGAGCCUGACCCUGUACGUGGAAAUGGCCUGCAGCGGGCUCUGUGGGGAUGGCCAGGGCAGCCUGAUCCAGCCCCCGGACCGCCACAAGAAGUUUGCCGUGAGCCGGGCCCAGCUGGCUGUAUUCCAUCGGGAAGUCCAGGAGCUCCUGAUAGAUCUGGAGACGCUGAUGGACAUGGCCGAGUUCCUCGGGGAGGACAGCCAGCGUGGCUUCCAAGCCCUCUACGCCGCCAACCAAAUAGUCAACGUGUGCCGCCCGUCAGAGCCGGACACCUGGGCCGAGGCCCGCUCCCUGGCCACCGCCGUCUUCCGUCAGCGCAACGGGGACAGCCAGCACACCAUCCACGCCAUGGGGCACUGCCACAUCGACUCAGCCUGGCUCUGGCCCUACGAGGAGACGAUUGGGAAAUGUGCCCGCAGCUGGGCGACCGUCAUUCGGCUCAUGGAGAGGAACCCGGAGUUCACAUUCACUUGUUCCCAGGCUCAGCAGUUGGCAUGGGUGAAGAGCGGCUAUCCUGGGCUCUACAGCCAUAUCCAGGAGCGUGUGCGGCAGGGCCAGUUUGUGCUCGUCGGGGGCACCUGGGUGGAGAUGGACGGGAACCUGCCCAGCGGGGAAGCCAUGGUGCGCCAGUUCCUGCAGGGCCAGGCCUUCUUCCAGCAGGAGUUUGGAAGGAUGUGCUCAGAGUUCUGGUUGCCCGACACAUUUGGCUAUUCAGCCCAGCUCCCCCAGAUCAUGAGCGGUUGUGGCAUCCACCGCUUCCUCACGCAGAAGCUGAGCUGGAGCCUGGUCAACUCCUUCCCCCACCACACAUUUUUCUGGGAAGGGCUGGAUGGCUCCCGGGUGCUGGCGCACUUCCCCCCCGGGGACUCGUACGGGAUGGAGGGCCGCGUGGAAGAGGUGCUGAGAACCCUGAAGAACAACAGAGAUAAGGGGCGGGUGAACCACAGUGCCUUCCUGUUCGGCUUUGGGGAUGGGGGCGGCGGCCCCACGCAGACCAUGCUGGAUCGGCUGGAGCGGAUCAAGGACACAGAUGGGCUGCCCAGGGUGCAGUUCUCCAACCCGGAGCGUCUGUUCGCGGCGUUGGAGCGUGAUUCGGGGCAGCUGUGCACCUGGGUCGGAGAGCUGUUUCUGGAGCUGCACAACGGCACCUACACAACCCAGGCUGAGCUCAAGAAGGGGAACCGGGAGAGUGAGCAGAUCCUGCAUGACGUCGAGGUCCUCAGCUGUCUAGCCCUGGCGCGGGAUAGCUCCUUCCGGUAUCCUUCUGCGGAGCUGCAGCGACUCUGGCGGCUCCUGCUCCUGAAUCAGUUCCACGAUGUGGUGCCCGGCAGCUGCAUCCAGCGGGUGGUGGAGGAUGCCCUGAAGUUUUACGCAGAGAUCCGCCAGAGCAGCUCCGGCCUCCUGGGGGCUGCGGUGCAGUCCCUGUGUGGGCCACACCCCGGGGACGGAGACCGGGCCCCGGCCCAGAGCCUCCUCGUCCUCAACACGCUGCCCUGGGAGCGGACUGAGGUGGUGUCCUUGCCGGAGCCCGGUGGACCGGAACGUCUGGCACUGGUGAAGGCACCCAGUUUGGGCUAUGCCCCUGCCCCGGAUCCCGGCCCCUGCCCGCCUCUCUGGUCUGUCCGCGUGGUGUCCGAGGCUGACGGUUCCGUGAGGAUGGAGAACGGCAUUAUCCGCGUGUGCCUGGACCGCACGGGACGUGUCACGUCCUUGGUUUUGGAGGCGUCGGAGAGAGAGACCCUGCCCGAGGGUGGCCUGGCCAACCAGUUUGUGCUGUUUGAUGACGUGCCCCUCUACUGGGACGCCUGGGACGUGAUGGAUUAUCACCUGGAGACCCGGAAACCGGUGACCCAAUUGGCCCAGCCCCUGAAGGUGGGGAGCCCCGGGGGGCUCCGGGGCAGUGUCAGCUUCUCCCUGAGGCUCAGCGAGCGGAGUGUCAUCACCCAAGAGGUGGUGCUGGAUGCCAGGUGCCCCUACGUUCGCUUCCAGACCCAGGUGGACUGGCACGAGGCCCACAAGUUCCUGAAAGUAGAGUUUCCAGCCCGGGUCCGGAGCCCGCAGGCCACCUACGAGAUCCAGUUUGGCCACCUGCAGCGGCCGACACACUUCAACACCUCCUGGGACUGGGCUCGCUUCGAGGUGUGGGCCCACCGCUGGAUGGACCUGGCCGAGCAUGGCUUUGGGCUGGCGCUGCUCAACGACUGCAAAUACGGGGCCUCCGCCCACCGCAACGUCCUCAGCCUCUCUCUCCUGAGAGCACCUAAAGCCCCCGACCCCACAGCAGACAUGGGGCACCAUCGGUUUACCUACGCAGCCAUGCCGCAUACAGGUUCCUUCCAGGAUGCCGGGGUCAUCCAGGCUGCUUACAACCUCAACUUCCCCCUUCACGUGGCGCCGGCCGGGCCCACCCCCUGCCCGCCCUGGAGUGCUUUCUCCGUCUCUUCGCCCGCCGUGGUGCUGGAGACCAUCAAACUGGCUGAAGCGGAGGCGGAGCCCGAUGCCUGGCCCGGUGCGCUGGUGCUGCGCCUCUACGAGUCCCACGGCAGCUCGGUGGUCACCUGGCUCCGGACCCCACUCCCGCUGCAAGAGGCUGUUCUCUGUGACCUCCUGGAGCGCCCGGCCCCCGGUCGGCCCCUGCCCGUGGAGGGCUGUGGCCUGAAGCUGUCCUUCUCCCCCUUCCAAAUCCUGACGGUGCGCCUCACCCUGCAGCCAGCGGCCCCUCGGUCCUGACUUCCAGGCAGCAACGGGCCGGGAAUAGACCAGCCUGCUCCACGGCCUCUCCAGCCGGGGCAAGGGGGAGUCCUGCUCUGUUUUCUGGAGAAAACAGCAGUGAGCUCGGGGCAGCUCCAGGCGCUGCUGGGGAGCCGGACCCCCUCCCUGCUUCCCGGAAGACGCCGUGACUUCCAGCCCAGCCCAAGGUAUGGGGGCCUACCAGGAUCUGAGUCGUCACUCUUCUUCCCCCAGGGCCUCCAUCCCAACUCCAGGGGCAGCUGGGCCCCUCCCCAAGAUGGCAGGGGGCCGUGGGCACAGCUCAGUCCAAUAAAGCAGUUAUUUGGUAGCUCUCUCCCCUUCCCCUG